AUGUAUAAUGGUUGGCAAUAUGGCAAAGCUCCCUCGAAUGAAUGGAUUGAUGGAACCAGUGAAUUCUUGAAUAGUGCAUUUUCAAUUUCUGGUGUAGCUGAAAAUGAUACUAUUAAGUGUCCUUGUGCACAAUGUCGGAACUACUUUAGGCAUAUAAGAUACACUAUAGAGAUGCAUUUGUGUAGGCACGGUUUUAAGAAAGACUAUGAAACUUGGACUGAGCAUGGUGAGGGGCUGAUUUCACAUGAUGGAUAUGAUGGUGUGGGAAAUAGAGAGGGCACUGAUGAAGUUGAUCAGAUGGAUCAAAUGUUGGUUGACCUUGCUGGGCACCAUCCACCUAUACUGGAUGCUGAACCAUCAGCAUAUGCCAAAGCUUUCUAUAGGAUGGUUGCUAGUGCAGAUGAGUUGGUGCAUGAUAGAACCACACACUCACGCUUGUCUAUUGUAGCUCGCUUGUUUGCUGUGAAGUCACGGUACAACAUGUCCAUCACAGAAUAUGAUGAUAUACUAGGCAUAGUACAUGAACUCUUUCCUCGUGACUCCAAGUUACCUAAUGACUUCUACCAAUCUAGAAAAUUAUUAGAGGGUCUUGGUAUGCAAUAUAUCAAAAUUGAUGUUUGCUAUAAUAAUUGCAUGCUAUUCUACAAAGAUAACAAGGACAAAGAUAAAUGUGUUUUUUGUGGUGCUAAUCGGAAAAAAGUAAGAAAUAAGGCUCGUGUUGAGGCUGGCAAUGUUGAGGCAUUUCUUGUUGAAGAGGUUGCAAAUACACUAAGUCUAUAUUUUAGACCCCAUGCUCCAUCUGUUAGAAAUAAGGUGCCUCGCUAUGAUGAUUGUGCAUCUUCAUUUCAAGGUACAUGUGACCUUGACAUUUUUAAAUGCCCGGGUCGUUGCAUGAGCCCUAGAGGUGUUCGUGAACUCUCAAACAAGGAGUACAAGUGCUUGAAAACAGCUAGCAUUCAUAAUGCUCUGUUCCAAAUGUCCUAUGGUUACUGCCCUCGAGUUAGGUCCUAUGGGUGUUAUGAUGUCAAUGGCUAUAGAUUCCAUUCAAAGAAAUAUGAGAGUGGAAGAGUAGGGCUAACAACUAUCAAUAGUGGUGUUUGUGUAACUUCUUUUGAUGAAUCAGACAAUGCUCUAGAGUAUUAUAGAAUCAUAGAAGAUAUAAUUAAAAUUGAGUGGGAAGGCAGCAUGAAACUAGAGUUGGUGUUGUUUUAUUGCUCCUGGUUUGAUCCAACACCCAAUGGAUUGAGGCGUAUUGAAGAUCUAGGCUUGGUAGAGAUCAAUCAUACAUUAAGAUUAUCAAAUUUUGGCCCAUUUGUGAUGGCUAGUAAGGAUGUCUACCAAGCGGAUGGUUUGGAUGGCGCCUUUGUCAUUGAUUUGAGUGAUGCCUUGGACUCCAUAAUUGCAAUGGGAUCAGAUGAGGUUACUGACCCAAAAGACUUGGAAGCAAUACAGAAACAAGUUGUUCUGGAUGAGGAAUAUGAUGAAGAAGCUAUUGAAGAAGAGGAAGAGACGGAAGAGGAUGAUGAAUCAAUGGAUGAAGAAGAUGAAGAAACUUAUGAUCCAAAUGAUUUUUGA